UUGGGUCUUGUCAAGGCAUGCUCUCGCAGCCCUGCUUCUCACCCGGAUCCACGUGUACGCAGAGCUGUAAAACUACAUGGUGACAUAAUGUCUACUUCAUCUUGGGGAUACUCUUCCAGCAAUUGUGUGGAUCAAAAUAUCUUGUCAGGCACCAACAAAGAAGCAAGCACUAUUUGUCAUAAUGCUAAAAGACGAAGAAAAAAGAAUAAACGGAGUAAAUCCAGAACUGGAUUCCAUGAAGUGUCAUUUGAACUGAAAAGAGGAAUGAAAAGAAAGUUAGAUGAGUUUUUGGAAAACAAGACGGAGUGUGUUGAACAUCACGAUGUUUCAGAUUCUGUAUCUGAACAGGCAAAUCAUGUGCAAUUCAAAAGGCCCAGAAUAACCGCUCAAUCACUGAGAGAUGAGGCUAUGGUUGCAUUACCUCUCACUGACAGCUGGGAGGUGGAUAGUGGCUUUUCGUCGGAAUCCAGCCCUCCCUGUAGUGGCAGGAGUUCGCCAUGUGUGGGAAUAGACCACUCUAGGAUUGUAGCUAUGGACUGUGAAAUGGUUGGGACUGGACCUGGCGGAAAGCGUAAUGAAGUGGCACGCUGCAGUAUAGUAAAUUAUGAUGGGAGUGUUUUGUAUGAUAAAUAUAUAUUACCUCUGCAUCCAGUCACAAACUACCGCACCAGAUGGAGUGGCAUUAGGAAACAUCAUCUAGAACAGGCAGAGGCUUUUGAAGACGCUCAGAAUGAGAUUGUCAACAUCCUCACAGGGAAGAUUAUUGUAGGCCAUGCCAUAUUUAAUGAUUUCCAGGUUCUUAACAUUUCCGUCCCACGACAAAUGAUUCGGGAUACCUGUUCCAGUAAAAUGCUGCGAGAGUUGUAUAACGGCUCCACUAGAUGCUCCGUCUCGUUGAAGAAACUGUCUCAGACGCUUCUCAAUAGGACCAUACAGGUUGGCAAAAAGGGUCACUGCUCUGUCGAGGAUGCUCGUGCUGCCAUGGACCUGUACAAGCUGGUAGAGGACCAGUGGGAAAAGCCCAAGAAUUCAAACACUGACCAUACCUUAAACCACAGCGACGACCUUGAGCACUACAUGCAGGACCAGUACUGGCCAGACAGCAUAAUGGACUGCAGCCCAUGAGACCAAGAGUCAGGAUAAUGAUGACAACCUCAAUGAAAUGCUGUUUAAUGCUAUUUAAACCUUGUUUGAACAUGUUAAGUCAAUAAGGAAAUAUAUGGAAAUGUUGUAGAACUUUAACUUGCACUUUGAGGCACUUGAAAAGUUUAUUUAAAUAACUUAAACUUUGACUCUGUGAGCAUUUAUAAUGUUUAUUAAUGGAUUUUAAAUAUUAAAGUAAAUAACAGGUCAUUGAAUUUACACAGACUGCAUUUUAGGGAAUAACUCCAUUGUGAGUUUUCAUUUGUAUGGUCAGUGUUAAUAAGGUGUAAUGUUUUAAUGCCACAUUAUGCUGCUAACCACUCAUAUAUUGUCAUACUGACAAUGCUGUUCAUCCAGAAAGUACUGUCAUGUGAAAUAUUUAAAUACAAAAUUGUUUAAAUAAAGAUUAUGGAAAUUUUUUCUCAAAUUCAUA